AUGAAAUCUCAGAUUGAGGAGCAGGUAGAGCAUGUCCUCAAGAUCAUAUCCCGGCAGGCUCCCCGACCGAGCCAGGGGCCCACGACAGUCCGAGGGAGAGUUGUGUCGCAACAUGCAGGGAGCAAGGAUGCUGGGACGCAGACGGAAGACGCAAACACAUGGAUACAAGUGAAAGAUGGACACAUCAAUCUGUUCAACCACCAUCCUCUGCCGGUUGUUCCGGCCAGAGUGAGCCAUGCUGAGAAUAUGGAGAGCCUGUCGGAGGCCAAGGCGGACAGGAUCGCUAGGGACGACGCGAGGCUGGCAGAUGAGCUGCUGCAAGAGGCGAAGGAGCUGCGGCAAGCCGGGAAGGAGGAGGAGAGCAAGGAGAUGGGGCUGGAGUCGAAAGAUCUGUUGAAGAAGCUUCAGCUGAUGAUCAAGAGGAAAGAGUUUGCAACGAGAGAGAAAGAGUUCUUUGACAAGAGAAUCGAAAAGAUCGAGCAUGAGCUGCCGAGCCUGAAGAGCAAGACAGUCCCUGAGGACAAGGCGAUCAACCAACUUCGAAUCACCUCCGAUGAGGAGAGGAGGAGGAUCUGCCGAGACCCCAAGUACUGGAAGACGAAGUUGUGCAGGAGUGAGUUGAAAGCCUUACGAUGCUGA